UUUUUCUUUAUCAAUUGUGUCUCUUUUAGCUCUUUUAGAAACCAGGAGAAUUGAAGAGGCAUAUGAAAACUGUUCAAAGUUUUUGUGAGACAAAAUAUCUGUGUCUGCUCUCUGCAGUAAAUCAAGGAAUAUGCCAGCCCCCAGAGAAGAAUUCCAAGCUGCUCUACAUGAAAUUGCAUAUUAUGCUCCAACCCUAGACUCUCCUUAUGAUCGUGUUCGGUUAGCGGAGUGGGUCCGACGACUUUCAUUAGAAACAAAACUGAAUGAUUUAGAGUGCACUUUGGUAAACCCUUAUGCCCAACUAUUAAGGAUUCAGGUGCGGGCAGGGCACCUCAGGUCUCCUUUUCAUGUCCCUCCAAAUCAAGGAAAUAUUCCUCCCCUGGCAGUAACUCUUAGCAAAGAAGUGCUUGCAGCAGUGCCAACACUGCCUACCCCUGGACCUACAGCCCCAUUCAUGUGCCGAAAAUCAAAGGAUGGCCAUGCUUAUGUAUCUGCACGCCAAAUUCCAGGAAAGGGGGUUUUAUGUUACUUGGCUGUAAGCACAGAAGACUUUCAAGCAAACUAAACAGUAGAAUUACAAUAUACUGACUUAAAUUAUCAAUAUAAGGGAAUGAACAAUUUACUUAGCAUAUAAACAGUUUAUAUUUACUCAAUAAUAAUAAAAACUGCAUCCAUAAAAUUUUAAAUUAAUAUUCAA